UGAGAGAGGAACAUUUGUUUUUGCUGUGAUGUUACAUACACAUUCCUGGAAUGAUCACUAUUUUAAGAGUCAGGGACUUGUAUCUGAGACCUUUGUUUGCAGCAGAGGAGUCAGUUGCUUCCUGAUUAUCUUCCAGAGCACGGAACAGGGAAUCUCAGGGGUGACAACUGCACCCUGAUCCUUGCCCUAAUUUAGAAGAAGGGUUUUUCCUCAAGGCUGACCACUAAUCCUGAUGUCAGUGUUGUGUUUCCUCUAAGUACAGCGAUUAAUUAUGUUAGCCAUUCCUGUUCUGCUCCUAUCCAGCCUCACCCCACUCUCACCUUUUUUAUGUUUCGUCAUGUUAAUCAGAAUCCAAAUGUAUGAUUAUUUUUUAAUACAGGUUUGAAGCAAAACACACGAAAACAUGUCGGAAAAAAAGAUGUCUUCGAGUCGGAAGCAUCAUUUGAAGAGUUUGAUGCUUUCCAUCGCCAAAGAUUUGCUGGAAGAGGAGGAGAUAGAACGAGAGGAGGAGAGGGGGAGGUACAUGGCUGAGAGCUGUCCUCCUCCUUCUCUGCCACGGAGCAUGCAGGAACUGCAGGAACUGUGUAGAGAAAUCCAUCGCAAAAUCGACAAGACUGAUGAGGAGAGAUAUGACCUAGAGAUGAAAGUCAACAAGACCAACAAAGAGAUUGAUGAUCUGAAGAUCAAAGUUCAGGACCUGAUGGGCAAAUUCAAGAAGCCUGUCCUAAGGAAAGUACGAAUGUCUGCAGACGCCAUGCUUAAAGCUCUGCUGGGUUCCAAGCAUACGGUCAACCUAGACCUGAGGGCCAACCUGAAGCAGGUCAAAAAGGAGGUGAAAGAGGAGGACAAGGAGCUGCGUGACGUUGGUGACUGGCGUAAAAACAUUGAGGACAAAUCCGGCAUGGAUGGGAGGAAGAAGAUGUUUGAGGCCGAGGCUUAAACCUCCUGGGUUUUCAGUGUUGUCUCUGUUUAUUGUUUACAGUACUGGUACACCUUACCAUUGAGGCAACACAGAUUCGUUUUUAAACAUGUGAACUGAGUUAAUUUAAUUUAAAUUAAAAAAAUCUACUUGAGAAGGUCCAUCUUUUUGUUAUUUUUUAUUUAAAAAUGUGUGGAGUUUUAAUGGCACACCGGUUAAAAACCAUUAGGUGUAUAAGUCAUUGAUGUAGUUCAAUGCAAUAGCUAUAAGUUAAAGUACACCAUGAAUUUAAUUUUGACAAAUAAUAAUGGUUUAAGUUUAAUACAUCACAACUGUGAUUGUCAGUAAAUUUAUGUGAGGCAUUUUACCUUAUUUUCAUGGACCACUGACAUCUUAAAGAAGACUGUGAUCAAAGGUAAGUAGUU